GGAAUACUCGUACUGUAUCUGCUUCUCUUGUCGUGUGAUGUCAGUCUUGGCAUUGGCCUCUUCCCGAUAUAGUGAGCUGCGGUUUCACGAGGGCUCUGCGACUCAUAAUUUCCUCCAGCCUGACAAUCGCAUUAAAUACACUGACUCUCCCCAAGAGACACUGCAGUGACUCAUUGGAAUUUUGACGUGUGUCAUAUGUAUUAAUACCUCUCGUACUGCGCCGAACGAAGCCAUAGGGCUUUCAAGCAAAAUACUCUGCAGGUCUCUUCGCCUACGCCCACCUCCUGCUUGGAGACGGCUAUAUCGUUUCAACAUGGCUCUCAAUGCUGCGUCUCACAACGUCACUGGCGAUCCAACGGGCUCCCCUUCGGGCCCUCCUCCACCCGUCUCUUCAGAAGUCGCUGCCACUGCCCAAGAUGCGGCGAAGAAGGAUGCGUUGGGCAACAAUGUGCCCGGCAAAGAUCAACAAAACAAUGAGAAUGGACAGACCGUGAUGGGUGCUGCAGGAAAGCCAAAGACCGCUAAAGAAAGUAUGAACGACGAUAACGCUGAUGGACCACAUUGACACUACCUGCCCGCCAUUUUCGCGCGGACUGCAUUACUCGCUUUGACUCCUUUGAGGACAAGUACCGGAGCGCCAAAGACUCAUGGUGUAUGACUGGGAAAGUGUCUAUAGAGUUAAACGCAGCAUGUAGUCAAAGCAUCUACCCGCAAUAGACACAGUCCCUCCCUCUAUACGCUGCCCCUGCAAGUUCUAGGAAUUACACAUCUGACAUAUAUACGUGACGCAGUUGAGAAAGAGCGCAAGAAGGCCGAAAAGCUCGCCAAGUUUCUAGAAAAGCAAUCCAAACAGCAACCGCCUGCCGCGGACGCAGCCUCGAAAGCCCCGAAGAAAGAGAAGGUCAAGAAGGCCGCCGCUGUCGACGCCUAUGAGCCUCAAAAGAUUGAAUCCGGUCGUUACGAGUGGUGGGAAAGCCGGGGUUACUUCAAACCUGAAUUCACGAAAGAUGGCAAGAUCAAACCAGAAGGAAAAUUCGUCAUUCCGAUCCCUCCUCCCAAUGUGACGGGUUCGUUACACAUGGGCCAUGCUCUCACCAACUCUUUACAAGAUACCAUGAUCCGACAUGCACGGAUGAAGGGGAAGACUACCGCAUGGAUCCCUGGUUGCGACCAUGCUGGGAUCGCCACGCAAAGUGUUGUGGAGAGAAUGGUGUACAAGAUGGAAGGCAAGACCCGGCAUGACAUAGGCCGUGAUGCUCUGCUUGAGAAGAUCUGGACCUGGAAAGAGAAGUAUCACCAGAACAUCACCAACCAACUGAAGCGUCUUGGUGGUUCGAUGGAUUGGAGUCGAGAGGCUUUCACCAUGGACGAAAACCUUUCGCUUGCGGUGCGCAAAACGUUCAUCGACCUCUUUGAGGAAGGUAUCAUCUACCGGGCUAACCGUUUGGUCAACUGGUGUUCUGCAUUGAGCACCUCACUUUCUAAUCUCGAAGUCGACAACAAAGAACUGAAAGGCCGGACGAAACUGAAGGUGCCUGGCUAUGACAAGAUGAUCGAGUUCGGUGUCCUAACCUACUUCAAAUACCCAAUAAGCAAAGAAGGCGACGAUUCGCACAAGACGUCGACUUCCCCUGACAGAUUCAAGGGCCACGAGUUCAUUGAGAUUGCAACCACUCGUCCGGAGACUAUGCUGGGUGAUACUGGUAUCGCUGUACAUCCUAACGAUAAGAGAUACCAGCAUUUGGUGGGCAAGACUGCGAUACACCCCUUUCUUCCUGAUCGAAAAAUUGUUAUCUUUGCAGAUGAGGAAGUAGAGAUGGAUUUCGGUACCGGUGCUGUGAAGAUUACACCCGCACACGACCCCAGCGAUUUUGCCAAAGGCAAGAAGCACAAUCUCGAAUUCAUCAACAUUCUUAAUGACGAUGGUACGAUGAACGACAACGCCGGCCCUUAUGCUGGACAAAAGAGAUUUGAUGUGCGUUACGGCGUUAUCAAUGCUCUAAAGGAGCUUGACCUCUAUACCAAACAAGAGGACAAUGCAAUGACGAUUCCCAUGUGCCAGAGGAGCAAGGAUGUAAUUGAGCCUGUGUUGAAACCACAAUGGUGGAUGAAGAUGGCGGAUCUCGCCCAAGCUGCAGAUGAGGCUGUUCUUGAUAGGAAGAUUCUCAUCAAACCCGAAUCAGAGUCUCGACGUUUCCACCACUGGAUGCAAAAUAUCCAAGAUUGGUGCAUCUCUCGUCAACUAUGGUGGGGUCACCGUGCACCGGCGUACUUCAUCCAGUUCGAGGGUGAAGCCAAUGAUGAAGGAGACGACAAUCUUUGGGUUUGUGCUUACGAUGAGCAGGAAGCACGUGCCAAGGCAGAAAAGAAAUUCCCAGGCAAAAAGUUCACCCUGCGAUGGGACGAAGAUGUGCUGGAUACCUGGUUCUCGUCUGGUCUCUGGCCAUUCUCGACUUUAGGUUGGCCAAAGGACACCUUGGAUAUGAGAGAGCUAUACCCUACGUCAAUGCUUGAAACCGGCUGGGACAUUCUCUUUUUCUGGGUGGCUCGUAUGGUCAUGCUGGGAUUGAAGAUGACUGGCAAAGUUCCAUUCACCGAGGUCUACUGCCAUUCACUCAUUCGAGACGCUGAAGGACGAAAGAUGUCGAAGUCGUUGGGCAACGUUAUUGACCCAUUGGACAUUAUCAGAGGUAUCACAUUGGAAGACCUUCACAAGACUCUUUAUGCGGGUAAUCUGGACCCAGCCGAGAUUGAACGGGCAAAAUCAUACCAGAAGUCGGCCUUCCCUAAGGGUAUCGAGGAGUGUGGUUCUGACGCCCUGCGAUUCACCUUGGUUAACUACACCACCGGUGGAGGUGACAUUGCUUUUGACAUCAGGGAAAUCGAAGCCAAGCGACGAUUCUGCAAUAAGAUCUAUCAAGCCACCAACUUUGCCCUUGGUAGACUGGGUGAGGGCUUCGUACCCGAUGCCAAGUCGACAGACAAUGAGCCCAAAACGCUCUCCGAGAAAUGGAUUCUCCACAGGCUCAAUGCGGCUGCCAAGGAGGUCAAUGAGGCCAUCGAAGGGCGGGAAUUCUCUGUGGCAGCCGGCACACUUUAUCAGUAUUGGUUCUCUCAGCUCUGCGAUACGUUCAUUGAGAACUCCAAGUUCAUCCUGACACCUGAAGCACCGGACGACGUGCGGAAGUCGGCACAGCAAACCCUCUAUACCGCACUUGAAGGAGGCCUGUUGUUGAUGCACCCACUGAUGCCUUUCUUGACAGAGCAUUUGUGGCAGAAAUUGCCCCGUCGCAAGGAUGAUAAGACGGAGAGUAUCAUGGUUGCUAGAUAUCCAGAGUACACAGAGAAGCUCGACAACCCCAAGCAAGCCGAGGAGUACGAGUUCAUUAUGGCAAUUGCGACUGGCUUUCGAAGCCUGCUGUCACAGUAUGGAUUCAAGGAGCCUGGAGACCUGCUCAUUCAGACAUAUUCAGAAACGGCCUUCAAGACUGUUUCCGACGAGCAAACCUCCAUCAAGUCCCUCGGUGGAAAGUACGCCGGCGAAAUUGAAGUUCUUCCUCCUAGUGCCGCUUCCCUCCCUCCUGCUGGAUGUGCACUUCAGAGCAUCAAUGCCGACGCAGCGGUGUAUCUCAAGGUAGCCGGCAAGGUGGAUCUCUCGGAGGAGCUCAAGAAGCGUGCUAAGGGUGUUGAGGACGCCAAAGCCCGAAUGGAGAAGAGCAAGAAAAUCAUGAAUGCGGCUGGAUGGGAGAAAGCCAGCCCAGAGACGAGAAGAAAGGAACAAGAGAAGCUAGAGGAUGCAGAGAGCGAGGUGACGAGGUUACAAGAAGCCAUCAAAGAUCUAGAGAGGUUGCAACUAGAGGGCUAGAGGGCCGGAUAUAUUGUGAAUCGAGGAGCUAUUUCGUGGGCGUGCCUUUCAUCUGGACUUGGUCGGCUCUAUCUGUAGAAAAUUAUGAGUGUGGUUGGCUUUUUAUGCAUCUAUGAGAUACUAGAGGACGGUCCAUGGGUAGAAUGAGGCCGCAGCGUGCCUAGAAGCCCAAGCUAAGCAGACCCUAGGCGUGCUCUUAGGCACCGAACCUCGCAUAUAGGGGCUAU